CUGCCGGAAAUGAAGAAGAAGAAGCAGAAGAAGAAGAAGCAGAAGAAGAAGCAGAAGAAGAAGAAGAAGUAGCAGCAGCAGCACCGGAAACGGAAACGGGGGAGCAUCUUUACUGUGUCUUUACGGAAAAGUAUUCUCCAAGAUUCGAAUUCUAAAGCUCAUAAAUGAAAUGGACAUGAAGAACCGAGGUGGUGGGUACCUGGAUGUUCGGCUUCGACAGAGAUUGGAACAGUAUUUGGCUUCCAGCGAUAAUGAAGUGGAUCUAUGCUCUAUAGCCCUAGAACUUCAAAAACAGUACAGACUGGAGUAUGGUAGAAGAAACAAGACAGCAUUCCGAAUUCAAGUUGAGAGAGUGUACCAAGCAAUAAAAAUGGAGUAUGGACUGAAUGAUCUGGAAAACACCCACGUGGCCAAGCGAGCCAAGCACAUCCACAAUGAACCUGGUGACGACAGCUGCAACAGCUCAGAAGAUAUGCUGGACAAAACUAACCCCAGUCACAUGAACAGCUCUCUUACAUCGCUAUACCGGAAAGGAAACUCUGAUUCCAGCUCCUACUCUACUAUUCGAGAGAUGCCUGAUACAAGUACAGUGUCCACAGGAGGGUGGUUCAUUGAUCGAGGCCAAGGUUCUGCAAAGACCAAAAUCUUCAUCGACCUGAGUAAAGAUCAGCCUAUUGAUGCAGUAAAUAAAGAAGUUUCCAUGUUGGAGGCAAGUAAAAAGUCAGUGAAAAGAAAAAAGAAGACUUAUGAAAACGCAGAGACCCUGACAACGAGCAAGAAAGGAAUUCUAUUGGCAAACUCAACAUCAACAAAGCUGCAUUAUCCCACUCUGAAGUUUGAAGAUGUUGGUGGUAAUGAAGGGACAUUCACGGAAGUGUGUAAACUGCUCAUCCACAUGCGGCACCCAGAGAUAUACCAGCAACUGGGAAUGGUUCCUCCCAGGGGCUUUCUCCUCCAUGGACCUCCUGGUUGUGGAAAAACCCUGCUUGCACAAGCUGUGGCAGGGGAGUUGGAUCUGCCCUUGCUGAAGGUGUCCGCUCCAGAAUUGGUGUCUGGAGUAUCUGGAGAGUCUGAACAGAAGCUCAGGGAGUUGUUUGACCUUGCAGUGAGCUCAUCUCCAUGUAUCCUGUUUAUUGAUGAGAUAGAUGCUAUAACACAGAAGAGAGAAAUGGCCUCCAAAGACAUGGAGAGAAGGAUUGUAGCCCAGCUCCUCACCUGCAUGGAUGACUUGAACAGUCUGACAUUUGCAACGCAGGUCCUGGUCAUUGGUGCUACCAAUAGGCCAGACUCCCUUGACCCUGCCCUCCGUAGAGCUGGACGCUUCGACAAAGAGAUAUGCCUAGGUAUCCCAGAUGAACCAUCUCGCUGCAGGAUUUUGAAGACUUUGUGUCGUAAGCUGAGGAUGCCGGAAGAUUUUGACUAUAGCAAGCUGGCCCGCCUCACCCCAGGAUAUGUGGGUGCGGAUCUCAUGGCACUUUGCCGCGAAGCUGCCAUGAAUGCUGUCAACAGGGUUGUGUUAGUAAAAGGACCACCACAGAAGAGCAAAACCAACGAACUCACCAAUGACUUAAAAAUGCCACUUGGGACCGACGCGGUGACAGACAAAGACAUGAGUGAAAACAUCAGCACAGCAUCAUCUCUAAAUGUACAGAACACAAACUCAGGAAUAGUGGCGGUUAAUCGGUUAUCUCAGGAUAACCCAGGACAUGAACAUCUGCCGGGUGACCUUUGGCACCUGCUGCAAUUGCUGAAGGACACUAAAACUCUGCCAGAGCAUGAGCUGACCAGCCUCUCUAUCAUCAUGUCAGACUUCGAGGCAUCUCUUUCUAGUGUGCAGCCUUCAGCCAAGAGGGAGGGCUUUGCGACUGUGCCAGAUGUCACCUGGGAUGAUGUGGGAGCCCUUCAUGAAAUAAGAGAAGAACUUACAAUGGCCAUCCUGGCGCCAGUACGUUCUCCUGAGCAGUUCAAGGCUCUAGGGUUGAAUGCACCAUCAGGAGUGCUGCUGGCCGGUCCUCCAGGCUGUGGAAAAACUCUUCUUGCUAAGGCAGUGGCCAAUGAAUCAGGUCUCAACUUCAUCUCUGUCAAAGGUCCAGAGCUCCUCAACAUGUAUGUUGGUGAAAGUGAGCGGGCUGUCAGACAAGUCUUUCAAAGGGGGCGCAAUUCUGCUCCUUGUGUCAUCUUCUUUGAUGAGGUUGAUGCUUUAUGUCCUCGACGUUCAGGCCAUGAGUCAGGAGCCAGCGUACGUGUGGUUAACCAGUUGCUAACAGAAAUGGAUGGCUUGGAAACGCGGCGACAAGUCUUUAUCAUGGCUGCAACUAACAGACCAGAUAUCAUUGAUCCUGCAGUACUGAGACCAGGUCGUCUCGAUAAAACAUUGUAUGUGGGUAUGCCACCCCCAGCUGACCGCCAUGCAAUUCUCCUUACCAUUACAAAGAGUGGAACCAGACCUCUGCUGGAGAAAGAUGUUAGUCUGGAAGAGAUUGCAUAUGAUGAACGCUGUGACUGCUUCACUGGUGCUGACCUGAUGGCGUUAAUGAGAGAAGCAUCAGUUAAUGCCCUGAAGGCCUACAUGAAGUCCAAGUGUAUUCAACCAUCUUCCUCUGGUCACACAUUCUCCUCUGGACCUGUCGCUGAUAUCAGAGUGAGCAAAAAUAAUGUGGAAGAUGCUUUCAAGAAAGUCAGACCAUCUGUGUCAAAAAAGGACCAGAGGAUGUAUGAUCAGCUGAAAGUCUCCCUGAGCAGCUAAAGGCAAGACCAAAACAAAAAAGGAUCACCAGCAACAGUUUACAAAUCAUCAAUAAUCAUGAAAUGCUGUGUGUCACUUUGUAAAAGAUGUAUUACAAUAAAGUGAUUUUUAAAACA